GGACGACCUAACGCGUGACAGCGGGACGUGACGUCAUAAGCUACCAAUUGUCAAGCAGCUCUUUUCCGAUCGGACUGUCGCAAAUAGUGGUGGCGAACGAUAUUCAACCGCAAACAAAAUGGUUAAAGUAAAGUGCUCAGAACUUCGAACGAAGGAUAAGAAGGAGCUGACUAAACAGCUAGAAGAGCUGAAGACUGAGCUGUUAAAUUUACGAGUGGCAAAGGUUACCGGUGGAGCACCUUCUAAGCUUUCCAAAAUCCGCGUUGUACGAAAAGCCAUCGCUCGGGUUUACAUAGUGAUGAACACUAAGACCAAGGAGAAUUUACGCAAAUUGUACAAGGGUAAAAAGUACGUCCCACUGGAUUUGCGCCCAAAGAAGACUCGCGCAAUGCGUAAAGCACUGUCUCCACGAGAUGCAGCCCGAUUGACACUAAAGGAACAACGUCGGCGUGCGAAGUUCCCCAAGCGAACGUAUGCUGUAAAAGCCUAACUUACAGAUGAAAUGUUUUCUUCAGUUUAAUAAAAAUCCUUCCUGAAAUGUGGAAUUUCGAAUUCAA